UGGUGUUUGCUUACAAUGGCACUUCGUUCAGUGAUCACUGCACUCUUCUUCGUGUUGGCUCUUGCUAGGAUUGAGCUCUCAGGAUGCCAUGCUGAAGGGCAAAUCUCCUGCCUUGAUUGCACUCGUGAUUACGACUUCUCAGGCAUCAAGGUUCAAGUGAAAUGUGCUCAAGCGAAAAAACUGGCCACCGCAACCUCAGAAGAAAUGGUUCUUUCAAGGUUGGAGCUUCCAUCAGACACCUCAAAGACCCCAAGAGCUGAGAAUUGCCUUGCCAAGCUCCUCGGUGGUCCGAACCAGCUCUAUGCUUGGAGGAGAAACCUGGUGUCAAGUUGUCAAGGCCCUGAUUUAAACUCUUACACCAUCUCCACCCCACUAGCCUUCUCUACUGCAUGCCCUUCGGCUUCCAAAGAUGCUAAAUGCGGAGCUCCAACCGAGAUUGGUUCAUCUAAGACAGUUGACCUGCCUCUCCCACGAGAGUGGGGCCUUGCACCAUCUAGCUAUUAUGUCCCUUUCUUCCCCAUCAUCGGUAUCCCUUGAUCAUCUCAGUGAUUUACAGUUUGCGCCUUGUGUAAUGGUACUAUAUAAUAUCAUCAUAAGUUAGGAGAAAAUCUUGCUACUUUAAAUAUAUAUGUAUAACUUGUGAGAGCAGACCGUUGCAAGAUUUUAAGUAAUUUCCAUUAAUUAUGUGUACUAUGAGUGGAAGGAUCCAUGUAAUCUUUGCUUCUUGUUUAAUACUAGCAUAUAGCACUUUACACUACAAAUGACUUUUCAAUGUUUCUUGAA